ACGCCCCAGUGGUCAAGGUUGGUUGAGAAGGCGUCAGUGUGUUUAGUUUGUGCAGUCGAACCUGGAGCAGUGACAGAUGAAUUGUCGAAAAUAGAGGAAAAGCGAACGCGGGCAACUCUCCCGUGCACAAAAUAAAAACAUGUUUCCUAAAGGCAAAAGCUCCGUCGUGCCAUCGGAUGGUCAAGCUCGGGAAAAGUUAGCUUUGUAUGUGUAUGAGUAUUUGUUACACAUUGGUGCUCAGAAGUCAGCACAGACUUUCCUGUCAGAAAUCCGAUGGGAAAAGAACAUCACACUGGGAGACCCUCCGGGGUUCCUACAUUCCUGGUGGUGUGUCUUUUGGGACCUCUACUGUGCAGCUCCUGAGAGGAGAGACACGUGCGAACAUUCAAGCGAGGCCAAGGCUUUCCACGACUAUAGUGCCGCAGCAGCCCCCAGUCCUGUUCUUGGGAACAUGCCACCAGGAGAUGGCAUGCCUGGUGGACCCAUGCCCCCUGGAUUCUUCCAGGGCCCUCCCGGCUCCCAGGCCUCCCCUCACGCUCCUCCUCCCCCUAACAGCAUGAUGGGACCCCACGGUCAGCCUUUCAUGUCACCUCGCUUUGGUGGGGGACCACGACCCCCCAUCAGAAUGGGAAAUCAGCCCCCCGGUGGUGUUCCAGCCGCCCAGCCAAUGCUACCAAACAUGGAUCCUAGACUACAGGGACCGAUGCAGCGGAUGAAUGUUCCUAGAGGAAUGGGUCCCAUGGGCCCCGGCCCCCAGGGUUUUGGAGGAGGGAUGAGACCACCACACAACUCAAUGGGUCCUGGCAUGCCUGGAGUGAACAUGGGCCCUGGAAAUGGCAGACCACCAUGGCCAAAUCCAAAUGCCAACAAUAUGCCAUAUUCAUCACCAUCUCCUGGUGCCUAUGGGGGUCCACAAGGAGGGGGGCCUCCAGGAACACCUGGAAUUGUUCCUAGUCCAGCAGACUCCAACAACUCCAGUGAAAACCUGUACACCAUGAUCAACUCAGGAGGUGGAGGCCGCAACAGUUUUCCCAUAGGUCCAGGUUCUGAGGGACCCUUAGGGGCCAUGGCAGGAAUGGACCCCAUGCAUAUGAACGGAGGUUCAGGAGACCUGGAUGGACUUCCAAAAAAUUCUCCUAACAACAUGAGUGGCAUGAGCAAUCCUCCCGGGACUCCUAGAGAUGAAGAUGUAGGAGGCAGCUACCUUCACUCCUUCCAGAAUGAGAAUCAGUAUUCUCCUUCCAUGACCAUGAGCGUCUGAUGCCAGUCUGUUUGCUCCAUUCUGGAAACUCACAGUUGGCCAUCGAUGACAUAGACAGAGUACAUGUACAGGAAAUGGAAUUGGGUGGGACUGUCCUGCGUCCUCACAAGUGGUCUCAUGCAAUAUCAGAACGAUUUUUGUUGUUACUUUCUAUUUUUGUUUUGUUUUUAAUGGCUAGCAAACCUUUUCUCCUCUCUCAGAUCGGAAGAUCUACGUGUGACUCAGUGCUCCUGGAUUUUUAGUUUUCUUGCUCCCCUCAGAGGCCAUCUCUCAUCAAGAAGAAAAGUAUGAUUACUGCUGACUUAAUCGCUGGAUGUGUGUACAUUUUGUGCCGAAGAGGAAUAAUCGCAGUUCGCUCUUUCUCGAAAUCCAACAUCCAUGUCAAACUUCAGCAUGGUUUACACGUACGAAACUUGCUCCGACUUUUUGACACUGAACUCUCAUACGUGGCCUUGAAUUCUGUGAAUAUUUUAUUGCCUUUCAAUGACCUGUUUUUAUUUUUCUCCAGUGAAAUGCGUCAAGCGGUGAGAGAAUUCUGUCUUUUCUGAACGGGGAAAGACUCGCAGUUGUAUUUUACUUGUACACCGUCAUUUUUGUCUUCAAGCAUUAUAAGCAGCUGCUUUUAAGGAAUAACUGCAUUGACGGGUUCCGUCAUGAAGAUGACUUUGUUUGUUUUCUGCACUGAUUUCAUGUUCUCUUAUUUUACUGAAAUUUAACUGCUGUCUCAAUCUUUGGUGAAAGACUGAAUGAUUCGCUGAUCCUCUCAGAUGCUGACCCUGACAAACAUACUACCUAUGAGACCUUCUCAGAGCUCCUCAGGCGACUGACUGGAUUACACGUCUGGAUGGGUCUCCCUGCAAAAAGUUCAGCCAUUGUUGGGUUUCAUUGACAUGAUGAAUUUGUGAUGGUUAAAGACUCCCAUGUCAUGUUUUUCUUUAUAUAUAUAUAUAUAUAUAUAUAUAUAUAUAUAUAAAAUUCCCUCCCACGUGACUUGUUUUAGCUCUGAAAUGGUUUGAUGUUGGUUCAAAGGUAUCAUCCUGUAAGGAUGUUGCUUUUGUAAGCCAGACUCUAGUGUGUUUGAAUUUGUUGUAUUUGGUUUCAUUUGAGCGACAUCAAAGUCAUUCUACAGUUAGAAUGGUAACUUAUUGUAUUUAUACAGACAUUUGGUCAUUGUUUUACAUUUUAGUAGCUGUUUUGCACUGCUCUUGUUAGCUUGUGCAUCAUACUUUUAACUGUGGGCUGAAUAGGCUUUUUUUCUAUGUUGACUACUAAAUUAUUUGGCUCCUUUGAGGAUUUUCGUCUUGUUUUUCAGUCAUUCAUACCAAUUCAAACAGGAAAGCAGCGUUUCAGCCUACCUUUGGUUUCCAGUGAAUCGCUUUUUAAGAGAAAAGGGAAAGCUCAAUGUGAAAUGAUUUUAACUUUGGAAAAAUGAUGUAAAGCUGUUGAUGUUCCCCAACUUCUUUUAGGGUAGCAUCUCUCCAGAGGGCCAAGAUCCAGCCAUUUGAAUUCCAUGUAAAUCAUUCUCUUUAAAUCAGUGAACCAGUUUCGAUGUAAGAUAAAGUUGUUCCCAAAUUGU